UAACUAAAUAUCCAGUAAUUCAGUCAUGCUCUUGCCAAAGAAAAAAUGGCUUCAACCACAUGGGGGUUUGAUGCUUCUGUCGGCUUGAACACUCCGAAUAUCUCAGCAUUCACCAACCAUAAACGCCAUCUCCCCAUUACCUUUCUUUCUCUCCCACCCUCCUCCAGACCACCACCCAAUUUCGUUAUAAAAUCCUCAAGGUCGAGGGUUUGCCAAAGAAAAAUAACAUCAAAGCAGUUUCUUGGGGUGCCAGUAUUGUCUUGUUUAGUGGGAGAUAAUGCUGGUGUAUACCCAGAAUCAAGGGAAGCCUCAAAUUCAAGUCAUUCUCCACAGGAUGCAGCCUUUGAUAUUAAACUUCCAAGAAGGAGUUUAUUGGUGAAAUUCACUUGUAAUUUAUGUGGUUCAAGAUCAGAGAAGUUAGUAAACAGAUUAGCUUAUGAAAGAGGAACAGUAUUUGUGCAGUGUUCAGGUUGUCGCCAACAUCACAAAUUAGUGGACAAUCUUGGACUGGUGGUUGAGUAUGAUUUCAGAGAGGAAAUGGAUUCAGAUUCAAAUGCAAAUAGAUGUUAAUGGAAGUUUCAUUCCACAAUCAAGAUGCAUUAUGGCUGUAUCGUAGUUACAUUUCAUAUUUGUUUCAUAUCGAUUGACAAAUGAAAUCAAUUUGCAUAUCUGGAAUCAUGGUUCUGCAGUCCCGUUCAUUGAAUUAUUUACCAUGAA